AUGGAGAAUGACUCUGGCAAGAUCAUUUUCACCCUCAGUGGUUUGAAUGAGACAAGGACAAAUAAGCAGGUUUUCUUCGCCUUCUCGCUUCUUAUCUUCCUCUGCACUCUUCUUGUAGAUUUGACUCUGAUUGUGACAAUUUCCCUGGAGAGAAAUCUCCAUACACCCAUGUACGUCUUUCUGUGCAGUCUGUGCUUGAAUGCAAUGUAUGGGGCCACAGGUUUUUACCCCAAAUUACUUCACGAUCUUCUGUCAGACUCUCAGGUGAUCUCCUAUGCCGCCUGUGUGACUCAGAUGUUUGUGGUCUACAAUUACGUUUUCUGUGAAUUCUUCAAUCUGACAAUGAUGACCUAUGACCGGUAUAAUGCAAUUUGUAGGCCGCUGGAGUAUCACGCCAUUAUGACGCCCAGGAAGGUUAGAAAAUUACUGCUGACUGCUUGGAUUUUCCCCUUUUCUGAGGCAAUGAUCGGCAUCCUUUUGACGAUCAGGCUGCCUUUGUGCGGGUUCAGUAUCGAUAAGCUGUACUGCACCAACUGGGAGGUGGUGAAGCUCGCCUGUGUUGACACCACUUUGAACAAUUUCUACGGCUAUAUUCUCAUGUUUCUGCAUAUUUUUCAGUUUUUUGUGAUAACAGUCUCAUACAUACACAUCAUCAGGACAUGUCUGAGAUCCCGGGCAGAGCAGAAAAAAUUCAUGGAGACCUGCCUGCCCCACCUGAUUGCUCUGAUCAACUUCACUGUCUCAGUUGCUUUUGAUGCCCUGUACUCACGCUAUGGGUCCAAGAGCACACUGCUGGCUCUCCGAAAUACUCUCACCAUAGAAUACCUCAUGGUCCCUCCUCUUCUGAAUCCCCUUAUCUAUGGCCUGAAGCUGAAGCAGGUUCGUAGGGGCUUCUGCAGAAGAUUCGGUAUCAAAGUCAGUUCGCUGAAAUAA